CACUAGUGUUAAAAUGAUGUCUGAGUUUCAAAAAAAAAAUUAAAAGGGGCCCAAAAUUUCUAAGUUAUCCAUAAAGUAUAUGUAAAAAAAAUUUGAAAACCUAUUUUGCCCAAGGGUCCAUAAUUUACUUGAGCCGGCCCUGUUUAUUCUCUAUUCUUAUGUGGUCUAAGCGUUUAUUUGGAUAUGCUAUUGCAGGGUCAAAUCUUUAUUUCUGGUUAGCAAUCAUUCCAAUAGCUCUUGUUCUUUUCGUUGGUGCAAAGCUGCAACAUGUAAUUGCAACUUUAGUAUUGGAGAACGCUGGGAUAACAGAAUAUGCUUCUGGUGUUAAAUUGAGACCUCGUGAUGAACUUUUCUGGUUCAAGAAACCAGAAUUACUCUUAUCCCUUAUCCACUUCAUUCAGUUUCAGAAUGCCUUUGAGCUGGCUUCGUUUUUCUGGUUUUGGUGGCAAUUUGGAUACAACUCUUGCUUCCUUAGGAAUCAUUUACUUGUCUACUUGCGAUUAAUUCUGGGGUUUGCUGGACAGUUUUUAUGUAGCUACAGCACAUUGCCACUCUAUGCACUUGUCACUCAGAUGGGAACAAAUUACAAGGCAGCGUUGUUACCUCAGAGGGUAAGAGAUACAAUAAACGGUUGGGGAAAAGCAACCAGAAGAAGAAGACGGCAUGGGUUAUAUGGAGAUGAUUCGACUAUUCGAACAGAAACAAGCACAAUCGCAUCAGUUGAAGAAUACGAUCAUCAAAAGCUUGAUGAUGUUCCUGAAACCUCUCCAGCUCAAGGUACUGAUCAUGAGCUGGAGCUUGUUAAAAACUGGGAAGCUUCUAUCACAGUAGCUAAUGAAAAUUCUAGUCGGGUUGGAACACCCCUCUUGCAACCUUGUGCGUCAACAUCGUCAACGACUUUCUCAAAGUUACAGACAGAAACCACAGAAUCACUUUCAAGGUCGUCCUCACUGCCAGUGAAAAGAUAAUAUUUGGAUGUCCGUCUUUCUUUCUCAACGCUGCGUUGCUAAACCAGCUGAAAUAACUCAGGUUUAAGAUUAGUGUGUGUAACUAUCUUUUACUAUAAAUGAUAUAGGAUUUUGAGUACAGAGAUCAUGUCGUUGAACAUGGUACACCGUAUCAAACAGUUGUAAGAAAUCGAUUUACACGAUAAUGUUCAAAACUUAGCGAGGCACGUCUAGUCGAACGUUCGGCCUUAUAUGUAGCGUUUUGGUUAAGAAAAUUAUGUGUAACGUUUUGGUCAAAAUAAUAUUUAACGUAAUCAACGUAGAAGAUUAUGCUAGAAGCUUCGUUAAUGAGAAAUAACGAAAUAAUAUUGGCGCGUACGUGGAGAAGUCAGCCAUGAGGCCCAUGACCUAAUGUACGUUCCCGUCACAAACCCAUCAAAGAAAAAGGAGAGUCAAAGAUUAGGAUCGAACUUACAAUACAAGCCACACAUAUGAUGUUCUCUAGCUGUACGUAAUUUAGUAUAGUGGGUGACUGUAGUUUGAGCGGUGCGGGACAAGCGGUUCAACUGUAGUGCGGUUCUAACAGUUAUAAAAAUAUAUAGAUAUAUAGUAUAUGUAGAGAUUUUUGUUAUUGUUAACUGAUGGGCAGGACGAGACCAUGAUCACUAUUCGAAGCCUAAAUAUAUGAGAACAAAUUUGAAUUUUUCAGUUCUAUGUUUAUUCUAAAACAUGUAGCAGCGCCUAAAUGAAUCUCGGACUUUCGCUUUCAACGACAAAUAUGGCACCCAGACCUUAGGAAAAUCCAUCGAAUUGACUUUAUUUUUCGUCUACCUUUCCUUUAUUUGAUCAUGUCUAUGAAUUACUCAAAUACGUAGUAAAAAAAUACAUCGAAAGUAAAAACAAACUUUUGAAAAACGUUUCUAAACUACUUCAUCUAUUUCAAAAUAAUUGAUAUCUUGGAUGGAAUCACAAAAAUUAGAAUAUACAUUUUUUCCUAAAAGUUCUAAAAAUAGAAAAUAAACAUAAUUCAGUCAGUCAUCAAAAAAUAUUAUAAAAUAUCAUUGAUCAUACAGUUUUCAAUAAAAUUUAAACUAAUUUAAAAAUAUCAAACAUUAUGUAUUUUGAAACAUCAAAAACUCUUUAGAACAUUACCUAUUUUGAAAUGGAUAGAGUAUUAAAUAUAAUCAGACAAACACUAUUUUAUGGAAAUCGAUGAUGAAGUCUACACUAAUAUUAAUCUAGUUAUUGAUUUUUUGGAGACUAAUGCAAUGAACUUUGUUUUUAACUAUAAAGUCAAUCCUUUGUUUUUAACUAUAAAGUCAAUCUAAUCCUUAUAAAUUAUGAUAUCUAAUCUAUUAAGGGGAGUACAAAUUUAAAUUAUCCCUACGUUUUUUAAGUUUUAUACAAUGUCAUGCCACUGAAAUUAUUAAUUAACCUAUUUUUGAGGAUUUUUUGUCUUUUCUUCUUUAAUUAACGCAUUUCCAAAAUCAAAUUCUAACUAAAAACAAACAUGGAAACAAUAAUAAAUAAAUCCAACUUUUAGUAUUAUUUGUCUUCCUAUUUUAAUAUAUAUAUAUGUUUGGAAAUAAUUAAUUAAAUAUAUAUAUAUCGUAAUUAAAUACAUACAUUAUAUGAGCAUUUAGGUACCUGUUCGGGUACGGAUCAGUUUUUUGGAUAUCAGAUUUUUAGGUUUAAAAUUAAACUUUGUUCGAAUAUGAUAAAUUUUCAGACGGGGUUUGGACUUAGACAUUCCGGAUCCAGAUACAUUUAUAGAAACCUAAAAAUAUCCAAAUAAUUUAUGUAUUUAGAAAUAUCUUUAAAUAAUUUAUAAAAUAAAAUAAAAAUUAAUACUGGCACACCCGUGCGGGUCAAGGUCUAGUUGUGUUAACUAAAAUGGGGACAAUCCUCUUAUCGAUGCGCAAAUACAUAUUCUCUCCUCAAUCUGAGUAAUU